AGUGCCGCCUUGGCUCGUUGGGAUCAGACAUCCGUGUUGAGCCCGCCGGCCUGAUCGCCAUCUCUCCCCGCUCCCAGCCAGUUGCGGCCAUUCGGCUGCAGUUCCCCCCCCCACCGCAUCCAAUCCAAAUCCGCAAACAGCCCUGUUUUGCCUCCGAUGCUUCGUGGAGAGUCCGGCCGCCGCAGCGACAUGCAGGAUCUGGCCCUCAAGUUUGGCUACCGGAGAGGCAACUGGGAUGCAAUAGGCGAGGCCUGGGACGAGUCCGCCGAUCCACACGGCCCACAACCCCAGGCCCACGAGCUCCAGGAUCUCGACGAGGACCCUCCGGCCCUCUUCGAUCCUUCGUUCCAGCAGUAUUCGUCCAUCGUCCAGGACCCCCAAAACGACUUUUCUCUCGACGGGUCCAUCAACCAGUCUCAUUCCAGUCAAGGAAGCAUUCGUAUCGACUCCAAGGUUUCGUCGUCCCGCCAGCUCCUGCCGGUUUGGGGCGGCCAUCAACACGACAUAUUUGCACCCAUUCCGCUCGAGGCGCUUUUCCAGAAUCCUCACGCCCAUGAUGAGUCAAAGGGGGAGGCCGACCCAACUUUGCUUGGCCCCAACGUCUCGGCCCGUCCCCAAGCAUUGCCGCUCGAGCUUGCCCCCAUCGGACCCUCUCGCCUCUUCCAGGUCGACUAUGACACCACCACACAGACACAGCUCGAUCAACUUACGUCUCUGCUGCUUGCCAACCAAGACCUUCCGUUCGCAGCCGAGACCCACAUCGCUGCCGUGGCCCAGUCUGUCGGGGCAAAGCAGCACUCGCCAAAAUCAACGCUCUCAUCAACCUCCGAAUGGGUCCAGGAUGCCGAUCUUAAUGACCUGGGCAGCGAUGCCUUUUCCGAUGAUUAUCAGGACAUUGUCCCGGCGCAGGGCAACGCUGAUCGCAAUGAGCCUUCGUCGCCGCUACCACUGCUGCCGCCUCAACCGCCGCAACUGGUGGAGGGCAUCGCGGACCCGAUCGAUUCGCUGCUGGCUCGGCUUGUGCGUCCCACUCUUACCAUCGAUGAGGAAAGCGAUGAAAGCGAAGAGCCCGAACCCGAGCCCCAACCCGAGCCCCAGCCCGAGAUACCAGGCCUCAGAACGGCAGGCUCGACGCACAGCCACGGCCGCGACUCGGUGUCAUCUGCCUAUCCAUCGGACAUUGACUUUCUGGAUGACAUUCCGGUGACCCCUCAUGAACCCGGCACUCCGGAGCGAGCCGAGCAGCCGGACGAGCAGAGUCUCCCCGAAGGCACUAGUGCGGCAGCCAAAGGUGACAGCAGAGCGCCGAAGCGCAUCAUCAUUCGAAACCUGAAUCCCGGACAAUCCGCCCUCAUGUCCAAGCUCGGGACGGUCUGCCAGAUGAAUUACAACCCGGCGAUGCAGCGCUGGGAGGGACCAUCGCAGGAAACCCUCGAUUCGAUGGAGGUGCACUCGCAACUUGAUAGCACCCAGGAUCUCAAAGCCGCUGGCGUGCCCAUGGAGAGUUUCGUGUAUCGUCCGGGCAACUCGAUCGAGUCCGCCAUCGCUAUCGCAGCUGAGGAUGAUACCUUCAAAUCAUCGGUUGACGCACGUCCACCCCAGGAGCCCAUCCAUGCUACCCCAUCUGCGCGGUAUCGGGAGGUCCUCACGGAGGACUCUCCUCGUCCCUCGCCGUCGGUUGCUCCCAAGACCCCGACGAAGCGGACUCAUCGGGAGUGGCUCAACAUGGAGAGGCGCAACAUUCUCUCAUGCCAUUCGCUGGCCCUGGAAAUGCAUGGCGCCCGGAAUAUCAACCUCGAUUUCAACAAGAUCAAGCACAUCACAGGCAUUCCCGUAUCGGUUCAUGUCCUCUCGAUCCAGAACAACAGACUCGGUGAUCUCUCUGACUUUUCCAAGCUCAUCAACCUGAGAAUCCUCAACAUCUCGGGCAACUCGCUCACCACGCUCCGAGCUCUCGAAGGGCUCGUGCAUCUCCGGAAGCUCGUCGCAUCCGAUAACCUAGUCAGCUCGUGUCGAUCGCUCCGGAACUUUCCCAGCCUGCGGACCGUCAACCUCGCUCACAACCGCAUCGCUUCUCUGGAAAUGGAAGAUUGCCACCUCGACAUCCUGGAGUAUCUCGAUCUGUCCAACAACUACCUGACCGAAGUCGAAGACCUGAAGCAUUUGACGACUCUCAGGGAGCUCUACCUGGACAACAACGCCAUUCAGGCUGUUGAUUUGAUCGAUCAUCUCCCCGAGCUGGAGGUGCUCUCAGCCAAUGACAAUCGUGCGAGGGUUUUCAAAAUCACACAGCCCCAUCGGCUUAGAAUCCUCGAAAUGGAUCGGAACAAGCUGCGGGAUUUUGAGAACGGCCGGUUGCUGGAGAACAUGGACUCGCUGUCGCUCGAAGAUCAGACUGGUCCGCGAUUCACACCCACGGAGCUGCCUCGGCCUCGCGAACUGCGAUUGUCUGGCAACAAGUACCUUCCAAUCUGGAAUCUGAUCGAUUCGCUCGGUCGGCUGCAAGUGCUUGAGCUAGCUUCUGCGAAUAUCUCUGCGAUUCCCGACGAAUGCGCAAAGGCCAUGCCGAUGCUCCAGAAGCUAGUCUUGAACGACAACAACAUUGCCGACCUGUCCUUCCUGAGAUACCUCAAGCAUCUCAGAGUGCUGCUGCUGCAUCAGAACGAGCUGCGCGACUUUGACGUCACAAUCAAGAAGAUCAGCGAGCUUGCCUUCAACUUGAACACCCUGGAUCUGACGUCCAACCCCAUUUCCAUGGGCGUACGAGCCACGGCGCUCACUGAAAGCCGGCGGAUAGAGAGCAGGCCAAACGAGCAGUGCGAUUGGAGCAUCGUGAAGCACAUCAUCUACCGCAGCACCAUCGUCCGCAAGCUCAAAGGGCUGCAGGUCCUCGACGGCGUGGCUAUUUCCGACCGUGAGCGGCUCUUGGCCAAACAGUAUCUGAAAGCCCUGGCCAAGUUUCCCAUGUGCAAAGACUUUUCCAAGCGGCGGGAGCUGUGAGGGAGAUUGCCACAAUACCACCUUGCCAAUCCCGUUUCCAU